AUGAUUGAACUUUUAAUUUCACAUGGUGCAAAUAUCAAUGAAAAAGAUGAAUACGGAGAAACUGCUCUUCAUUAUUCAGCAGAAAGGAAUAGAAAAGAAACUGCAGAAUUUCUUAUUUCGCAUGGUGCAAAUAUCAACGAAAAAGAUAAUCAAUAUGGGAAAACUGCUCUUCAUUUUGCAGUAGAAAAAAAUAAUAAAGAAAUAGUCGAACUUUUUAUUUCAAAUGGUGCAAAUAUCAAUGAAAAAGAUAAUAAACAUAGAGAAACCACUCUUCACUAUGCAGCAAAAUAUAAUAGCAAGGAAAUUGCAGAAUUUCUUAUUUCCCAUGGUGCAAAUGUCGAUGAAAAAGAUAAAUUUGGAAACACUGCUCUUCAUUAUUCAGCAGAAAGGAAUAGAAAAGAAAAUGCAGAAUUUCUUAUUUCGCAUGGUGCAAAUGUCGAUGAAAAAGAUAAAUUUGGAAAAACUGCUCUUCAUUAUGCGGCAGAAAAUAAUUGUAAAGAAACAGCCGAACUUCUUCUUUCACAUGGUGCAAAUAUCAAUGAAAAAGAUAAAUAUGGGAAAACUGCUCUUUGUAUUGCAUUAGAGGAAGAUAGUAAAGAAACAACUGAGUUUCUUUAUUCACAUAGUACAAUUAUCAAUGAAAAGGAUGAAUAUGAGGUAACUGUUCUUCAUAAUACAGCAGAUAAAAAUUGUAAAGAAACUGCCAAACCUCUUAAAUCAUAUGGUGAAGAUAACAAUGAAAAAACAUGCCACUCCGCAAUACAUAUUAAUUUCGGUUCUAUUCCUGUUUUUAUUUAUUUUUUUUUAUUUCCGGAACAACGAAUCUUUGUGUCUUCUCAUGAUCAAUUAUAA